AAAAAAAAAAGAUUGCUGAUCUCCAAUUCUCCGGGGAUCUAUCUCCUCCUCCUCGUCCUCCCUCCCCCCGAUGGUGAACCUCUCUCUCUCUCUUUGCACUUGGCGUGCAAAGCAAAAACCAAAGCCCAAAAGGAGCGCCAUGAAGUGUUAAACGAGAGCGACCCCCACCCCCCCUAAAAAAAUCUCUCGGACCGUUCUUCUGCAGCGAACUCCCAUUUCCAGUUGCAGCGGGUUGCGUGUGCUUUUUUUGCAAGCUGCAGAAAGGGAGAGAGAGAAAGGGGAGGGAAUUGCAAGAGCGAGAGAAAAAAAAACCCCAGCCAGCCCAGAUGCGAAAGGCAAAUAAAUAGACCCGGAGCAGCAGCAGCAGCAGCAGCAGCCCGCGGCGCACCGAAGAGCCCCCCGAGCCGCUCUUUUGCAAAGGGGGGGGGGGCGCACGUUGGAGCGGCGGCGGCGGCAAAGGGGCUGGAGGAGCGAGCCGGAGAGCCGCGGCAGCAGCGGCGGCAGCAGCAGCAGCAGCAGGAGCGGAGAAGAGAGAAGCAGCCGGAGAGCAGAGCAGCCGCCCACCGGCAAGCUGGCGCACCCGCUGGCCGGCCAGAGCAGCCCCGUCGCGCCGGGCCCUUUCUGGCGGCCGGGCAAGAGGAUGGCGACGGCGGCGGCGGCGGCGUCGGAUCUGGCGCUGGGCGGCGGGGGCGACCUGCCCACCAGUCCGCUGGCCAUGGAAUAUGUUAAUGACUUCGAUCUGAUGAAGUUCGAGGUGAAAAAGGAGCCCGGCGAGAGCGAGCGCCUCAUCAGCCAGUGCGGCCGCCUCAUCGCCGGCGGCUCGCUGUCGUCCACGCCGAUGAGCACGCCCUGCAGCUCGGUGCCGCCGUCGCCCAGCUUCUCGGCGCCCAGCCCGGGCUCGGGCGGCGACCAGAAGGGCCCCUUGGAAGACUACUACUGGAUGACCGGCUACCCGCAGCCGCAGCAGCAGCUCAACCCGGAGGCGCUCGCCUUCAGCCCCGAGGACGCCGUGGAGGCGCUCAUCAGCAGCGGCCACCACCACCACCCGCUGCAGGGCACCGGCUUCGAGGGCUAUGCCCGCGGGCAGCCCCUGGGCGCCGGCCCGGCCGCCUCCAUGGGCCCGGACGACAUGGGCUCGGCGGCGGCCGUGGUGUCGGCCGUGAUCGCGGCGGCGGCGGCGCAGAGCGGCGGCGGCGCAGGGGCGCCCCACUUCCACCCGCACCACCCGCACCACCACCCCCAGCAGCAGCAGCAGCAGCAGCAGCAGCAGCAGCCGGGCAGCGUGCAGAGCUCGGCCGGCAGCAGCAACGGGGGCAGCUCCAGCGGCGGCGGCGGCGGCGGCGGCGGGCUGCACGCGCACCAUUCGCACCCGCACCACGGCUCGCCCUACGACGACCGCUUCUCGGACGACCAGCUGGUGACCAUGUCGGUGCGCGAGCUCAACCGGCAGCUGCGCGGCGUCAGCAAGGAGGAGGUGAUCCGGCUCAAGCAGAAGCGGCGCACCCUCAAGAACCGCGGCUACGCCCAGUCGUGCCGCUUCAAGCGCGUCCAGCAGCGGCACGUCCUCGAGUCCGAGAAGACCCAGCUGCUGCAGCAGGUCGAGCACCUCAAGCAGGAGAUCUCCAGGCUGGUCCGGGAGAGGGACGCCUACAAGGAGAAGUACGAGAAGCUGGUCAGCAACGGCUUCCGAGAAAACGGCGCCAGCAGCGACGAGCCCUCCUCGCCGGAGUUUUUCAUGUACCCAAGAGAAUCUUCUACAUCAGUGAUGUGAGAAUCCCUGUUGCCUGAAGUCUGAAAAGAAAACCCGACGCUGGAUUGCAGAUGGCUUACAACAAUUUUCUGGCAUGAAGACAGCUACAAAGCACAAGCAAAAUAAUCCCCACAGACAAAUGAAUUCAGAACAAAGGAAGAACAACAAAAAUGGCAUUUUCGUGGCAUUGAAGAGUUCUUUAUUUUUCCUCAAGUUUUCUUUUCUUAAAAAAAAACUUUCACGGGAACUUUCACAGGAUCAAGUCAGACUU